AUGUCUGGAGAUGGACACAUUGCCCCUCAGUAUACAGCGAGGGCACCAUCCGUACCUGUGCGUAGUGAGCCGUCCAAUCGCGAUGAGAAGCUUGGCUUUGCAGGGCAAAGGAAUUAUGAGCAUGCAUUGCAGGUGGACUCGGGUCCUGAUCUGAGGGGAAGUAGCUAUGUUGAAUAUGAUGUGAAGCGAUGA